UAACAACAAAGGAAUAUGACAAUUUUAAUAGAUGGAUCAUUUUAUUGUGCUUUUAAUUUAGGUCUAUCAGAUGAAGAGAAAGAAUUAUUUAAAUAUCUCAUUGAUGAUUUGAGGAGAAGAUUAAAAACUGGCAGAACAAAACUCACUUGGAACACUGAGUUUGUUGAAAGAUAUGUCGAUCAAUGCUAUGAACAUGUUACAAAACUUGAUGAAUUUUUUAGAAUAUACAAAAUAUGUUGCUGUGAAAUUAUGAAAAUUUGUGAAAAUAUUUGUGAUCUGUCUUUUAUCAAUAUAAAAUCUAAUUAUACUUACAAGUUGUCAGAAUUUUACGAUGAAAUAUUAAUUCAAAGGGAUACGGUUUUUAAAAAAAUUCGAAACAAGUAUGAUGAAAUUAUCAGAUAUGUUCUUGUUGUAAUUGAAGAAUAUCAAAAAAUAUUAAAAGAUAAUACAGUAGAGUGGAUAACUUACUUGGAAAACUUGGAUUAUCUUAUUGAAGAUUCAUUGAGAACUUCAUUACAAAAGUCACUGUCUGCUCUUUACGAUGUUCUUCAUGGUACUGGAAAAAUUGAGCCAUCACCAUUUCUUCUAAUUGAAGUUACACUCGUGGACAAUGAGAUCACUCUUGUGCCAUCACCAAAUGACAUAGCCAAAACAAUAAGUGAAAUGUUGAACAAGUCAUUGGAAAAAUUUUCAUCUUUUUUAAAGCUAACAAGUAGAUUUGAAUUAAUCUCAAUUGGUAAAUUAAAUUAUAUCAAUUCUUUUCAAGAUUAUCAAACACUGGUUAAGCUUCAAAAAUUAUUGGACGCUGAAAUGUCAAAGUGCUUUUCACUCACUCGAGCUAAUUUAAAAAUUUGGGAACCAUAUAAAGAUUUGUGGAAAGAAAAUAUUGAUGAAUUUAUGUUAAAAUAUACCACAUUAAAACCAACUUCAACAUCAAUAAGUUCAGAUAUUUUUCGUUUCUCAGCUAUAUCAAAUAAUGUAAACUUACAAGAAACUGUAACAACAGUACAUUUUGUCUUAAUUGAUUGCAAUCAUUUAAAGACAGAAUUGAGUGAUCGAUGCUCACUGAGGCUGGAAAAAUUACGAGCAUUGAGUUAUGAUACUCUGGAAUCACAUGAAAAUAUUCACGACAAAAUAAUAGACUAG